AUGCCACCAAAGGGUGAGAAGAAGACGAAAGAGCAAAUUGCAGCAGCAGCAGCAGCUGGUGGUAGAGCAAAGCGUAAGAAGUGGUCAAAGGGUAAGCAAAAAGACAAGGCAAACCAUGCCGUACUUUUUGACAAAACUACACUUGAACGUCUAAGUGUUGACAUAAUGAAAUUAAAGAUGAUAACUCCUGCAGUUAUUGUAAACCAACUGAAAGUUAAUGCUAGUGCAGCAAGGGCAGCUUUACGUGACUUUGAAAUAAGAGGUAUAAUACGUCAAGUUGGUGAACAGACUCAUGGUCAAAUGAUCUAUACAAGAGCAUAG